CUAUUUAUAACACGGGUUAAACAAAGAACAUUUGUAGUUGCAAAUAAGCUGUGAAUGCAUUUUGCAAAAUCCUGGGGCCACUUUUAAUUUCGUCGGUGGCGUAAAUGGAAGAUUAUUGAAUAUUCCUGUUUCAUAGUUUUAUUCCUUACUUUUUAUUUGUUCUAACCAUAUUAGUGGCCUAAGAAGGAAAAAAUUGAUGCGCGAUUUUAGACACCAACCUACACUUUGCUUCAUUUUCUUUCAAAACAGCGAUUUCCACUCACUUAACCUAUUUAGAUCUGGGCAUAUUUUGAGAAGCGUACUAUAUCUACACUGAAACCUGCCAAAUUGACGAACUGUCAGCGGCCAUAUUGGUUGUUGAACGCCGCUAGUUGGUUGGUUUAAAAUUACACUUGUUAUUAGUUGAAAAUGCGAUUUAAAAUGACCCCGCAUGCUCAUAACGAAUGGCGCUUCCAAAAAUUUUUUUUCGUUCCUUCAAAACCGAAAAUUUUAUUUUGAGAACCUGCAAAUAAAAACUGAAGCAGGUUUCUUUGGCGUUUUAUAUUAUCUGAUGUGGCAGAGACCAUGAAAGUGCCAAUACCAACAACACUAACCAAACUUGUUUCUUCGAGAUGUAGUUGAAUCCUAACCGUAGUAUUCUGUGAGCUGAAUCAGAGAAGGCCGAAUGUUAUUUACAUUAAAUAAGGUGUUAUUGGAGAAUUUUUAAAGUUAGUAAAAACCCGGUCCUAGUAAUGGCGAGUUUCACCAACGAAGCUGAAAUGCUGCAAAGCGGGCCGGAUUAUAAUUUAGGCAUUCAGAUGUCUUUAAGUGAAAGUGCGGAUGUUACCCGAAGACGAAGCUCAAACAGGUCCAUCAAGCGAAAGAAAUUUGACGACGAAUUGGUGGAAUAUAGCUUGGGUAUGCCUGGUGUCUCCACAAUCAAGAAUAGUCGAGCAAGGUCUCAAACAUACCAACAAGACUUUGUCCCAGUUGCUUCGCCAUCAACCCCAUCAGCGCCUCCCACAGUGAUUCCAACCGCUCACCCUGUUGAACCAAAGCGCAAGACCAUCACAAAACCAAUACCCAGUAGUUCAAAAGGGAAAAAAAAGGGCCAGCCAAAAAAUCAGUUGACUACCAAGGAUUUAGGCCGGUGGAAGCCCAUAGAUGACCUAGCACUCAUUAUUGGAGUACAACAGACCAAUGACUUAAAAAUUGUUCAUUUGGGAACAAAAUUUUCUUGCAAAUUUACACUACAAGAAUUACAGACGCGCUGGUAUGCUUUGUUAUAUGACCAGGCAGUCUCUCGGGUGGCAGUUUCAGCAAUGAGAAACUUACAUCCUGAAAUGAUCGCGACUGUGCAAGACAAGGCGUUGUGGAGUCAAGAAGAGGAACGGAUUUUAAGCAGCAUUAAAUCCACCGCAAAUCCUACUCUAGAAACAUUCUCAGACCUUUUGAUGAAACACGCAGAUAUUUUUUACACUGGGAGGACUGCCAGUUCCCUGUACAGACAUUGGCAGUCUUUGAGAAUGUAUCACCUUUUGCCGGAUCAAGCUGUUGGCCCAAUUCCCACUUCAGGUAGGCCCAUAAUGACAUUUAAUGAUGCAGAACAGCUCAUUCAAGAUUCCGAAUUGACCGAACCUCCAGAUGAAGCUCUAGAUAGAGAACUUAAGCUUCAGCAGAGGCGAAAUAUAAAAGAAAUACGACAAUUGGAAAAUGAAAUUGGACGGUGGAAUGUUUUAGUGGACAGUGUGACUGGUAUGUGUCCGGGUGAACUUGAUGGUCAAACUUUAGCAGUCUUGAGAGGCCGCAUGGUUCGGUAUUUGAUGAGAAGUCGUGAAAUUACGAUCGGCCGUUCAGGAAAAGGCCACACUGUCGACAUAGAUUUGUCGCUUGAAGGCCCGUCUCACAAGAUUUCACGCAGGCAGGCCACUCUAAGAUUGCGUAAUACCGGCGAGUUUUACGUAUCUUCCGAAGGAAAGCGCCCAAUAUUCGUUGAUGGAAAGCCAAUAUCCGUCGGAAACAAGGUACGGCUUUACGAUAAUGCCGUGGUGGAAAUUGCUUGCCUGCGGUUCAUUUUUUCUGUCAAUCACGACCUUAUCAGAGCCAUCCACAACGAAUCUGUUAGAUACAAUAUACCUCCAUAACAUGUUUGUUCCAUUUCUUUAAAUAUAACAUAAAUCA